AUGGGGCAGAAUCUUGCUGUAGCUCGCGAUAACUCUAGGUUCUUAUUAUCAUCAAAAAAACGUUCUGCAUUGUUAGUUUUUAUUAUUGUUGUCGGAUACUUUAUCAAGCAAUAUGUUGCGGAAGAAAAGAGAAAAAAAGCCGCUCAAGAGGCAUCUAAUUCCUCAUCUGGACAAGACAAGAGCAGACGGACAAAGAAAAUAGGUGUAGACGCGCGCUUUUUCGCACAGAUUAAGAAGUUAAUGCCAAUUUGUAUACCAGGUCUUGCCUCCAAGGAAUCAGCACUAUUAGUUAGUUUAGCAUUGGUUCUAAUUGCUCGUACUUGGCUUGAUAUAUG